AUGACCAAUAAAAAAAGAACUAGACUUUGGUUAGGCACGUUUGAAAGUGCUGAAGAAGCUGCUUUUGCUUAUGAUGUCGAGGCCUUUAGGCUCAGAGGAACAGAUGCACGUCUUAAUUUCCCACAUCUGUUCCUCGGAGACCUGGCCCCGUCUGAUAAUAACAUAGACGUGACUAACUCAGCAUCGUCAAGCAGUACUUCAUUCGCGAAAAAUCCUUCUCAAAUCCAACACAAUAAACGGUGCAUCAGGCAAUGUUGGAACAAAAACAGGGUACCUUCAGCCAUGGAACAGAGUACCUCUGUUUUAGACAGAGAAAUAAGUAUGCAAGCUAAGGCCGCAUAUAAUAAACCCUUGUGGUAUGACCCUUCCCUGGACUCUGUGCAUAACAAGAGCUUUGUACACCAGACUUCCCAAAUAAAGAUGUUUGAUGGGAGCGAUUUUUAUGAAUCGACACCAAAAUAUACUAGUAAUAUACAACAAGAAAAUAGUGAUAUGUGGAAGAAUGUACUUCAAUCUAGUCCAUUUGGGAAUUACAGUAUUUGCACUGAUGAUGAUUUUCAGCAACAACAGCAGCAGUGUGAUUUCACUAUUACUGAUCCAUGCUUCGGGGACAAUGUUUUCGACUUUUCCUCCAAACUCCUAGAAUAG